GAGGCACUGGCGGGGCGAGAGCGCGGGCGAGAGCGACGUGGCGCGAUCUGAUUGGUCCACGUGUCGCGAUCUGAUUGGUCCACGUGUGCUAGCCGUUGCAACUAGCCGUUUUUGACCGUUUGGAGUCCAAAAAAUUCGAAAAAAAUUGCAAAAAAUCACAAAUUUCAUCCCCAAUCCCUCUAUAUAUACCCCUACCCGGGUGGAGCUCAUUCCACACACCAUUCCAUCUCAUUUUUCUCUUCCAAACUCCCCUUUCUUCACACAAUGUCGGGUUGGUCCCCAGAUUUGAACACCUUCACGGAUCUCUUGCAGUCCGAUGGGUCACCUACAACCCUUCCGUUAGAUGAGUCUUCUUCACUACAUCGUCGCUCCGAUGUUUCAGCCUCACUCCCCCGUGCACUAUUUCCGGCUGCGCGUCCACCACCAUACCCUUAUCCCUAUCAUUUGUAUCAAUAUCCACCGUCUUCAUAUGGUCAACCUCCAACUUCCCAAGCCGGAAUUCAAGCCUCAUUCCCGGUACGUCCGUAUGCCCCUCCUCCACCUGCUGCGGACGAAAGUCAAGCUUCUUUCCAGAUACCUCCAUACGCCCCUCCUUCAUAUGCUCCACCUCCGUAUGGAGUACCUCCUUAUGCUCCAUAUGCUCCACCUCCGUAUGGGGCACCUCAUCCAUAUGCUCCACCUACGUAUGGAGCACCUCCUCCAGUUGCACCUUUAUCUGUUGGAUCUGAAAACCAAGCUGAGGAAAAUCCUGUGCCGAAGGAAAAGCGUCCAAAGAGGCUAGAGUGGACGAAGGAAGACGAGGAAAAGCUGGUUAAUGCUUGGUUUAUGCAUUCUAAUGAUCCCAUCUCCAGCAACAAUAAGAGCGGAUCAAGUUUCUGGGGCCAAAUAGCGGCAACAUAUAACUCCACCUCCGACCCUAUCCGUCAUCGAACCGCCAAGCAACUUUGUAAUUUUUAAUUCAAUAAAAAAUAUUAUGUUGUGUGUUUUCUGAGCGUUGAAAUAAA